AAGAGAUAACCUAAAAACAGUAUGAUGAAAACACAUUAAAAAAAAGUAUUAGUAUAUAAAUAACAAAAUAUGCAGAAUAACAAUCUCCAACUGCCGCCAAGAAGGUUCUUACAACUCAUUAUAAUAGAUAAUCACAAGAUAAACUUGCUGCCGAAUUUGAAAGAAUGCGGCAAAAUGACAGUGGAGAAUCGCCCCAGAGAUUGCAUUCAAGAGGUCCUAGCGCAACAGGUUCUUCUAGAAUAAAAAUAUCCACCUCCGAGAAAUUUCGCAAAGCAAUUCCAAAACAUCCAACCUCGAUCCUUCACAGAAGACAGACCAUGAAGGUGACGGAUAACGGAGAUGAUGUUACUCCAAAGUUACUAUUUCAUAAUGAAUAUAGUGCAAUGGAGGACAAACAAUUAACUGUCUUUGAUACUCUUGGAGGCUCACUGAAUGGUAGCAAUACAUUUUUGAAUGUGGUUUCAUCUGUUGUCGGAGGACUCCGAAUAAGUACAUCUAAUGUGGUAUCGGCCUCUCAUCAUAUGGCACUUCUUGGUGGUGAUGAUAUACAUGUCGACAGUCUUCUCGCGACUCAAAGGACUGAUGAACCAGACCUCGAAGAAGAAAGAGCACCCUCGCAAUUUCAUUUGCCCAGGUGUGAUUCCGAUAUCUUAUACGUCAAACCAGAUAAGGUGACGAUUAUAUUAAAAGAAACGGAGACCUUCUUUAUCUUCGAAAUGCCACAAUUAACCGAAGAUCAAAGGACCCCGGAAGGUGCUGCUGUUCUAGCAGAAAAUGAGAGAUACAAGUAUAUCACAGUCGGUGCAGGAUCCAAUAGGAAACUUGCCGAUGCUGAGACUCAAACACCCCAAGUUCACACUAAACCACGAGGCACUUACUUGGGAAGAAAUAUGCGUCGCAAUCAGGGUACUUUUGUCAGUAAUUGGGAGAUGAGCGAUACUUAUCAAUCACUAGAAACAAUGGAGGAGGUUAAUGGGUUGUUGUAUCCUCGGAGUGCCAAGUCCAAGAAAAGGGUAGAGCAUCAGGGAGUCAGUCACAAGUUUCCCAAAGUUGAAAAUCAAGCUGACGUUUUGAGUAUAGAUGAUCAACUCCACUGCAUCUACCUUAAGCCUUCUUUCCGAGAAGCAACACAUGUAAUGCUACGGAUACUAGCGAGCAACUUAUACAUAACAGCUCAGAAGCGAUUUACAGGCCUGAUCAAACAAGAUCCUUAUGCUAUGAACCUAGAAUUCACCUACAGUUUAGAUCUUCUUUGGACCUUUUCCUCAGUAAUGGUACAAGGUAGACCGGUUACUUGUUUCUGCUGGAGUUAUGAAAAUCCAAAUGUACUGGCAGUGGGUUAUGGUGCUUUGAAAAGUUCAGAAGUCAAAGACGGUAUUUUAGUCCUCUGGUGUGCAAAAAAUCCAAGUUACCCCGGACGUAAUUACUUUUUUGACUCUCCGAUUUCAAGUCUCGACUGGAGCAAGGAGAAGCCAAACUUGUUAGCUACUGGUUUUUACGAUGGUACUGUUAGAGUUAUUGACGUGACAGGUAAAGAGACAAUGGUCGUGCAACAGAGUCAGAGGAAAACAUCUCCAACCUAUGAACCUCAUUGGCAAGUACAGUGGUGGAGUGGAGACGAUCAUUUCGAUCAACAGGAGUUUAUUUACACAUCUAAUCAGGAUGGGAGAGUUUUUUGUUAUCGUACAGGGGAGGACUUUAUUUGCAUGGAAGUCAUGAAGGUUGCAAGGAUUGAAGGCAAGAUUGAAGGGGUGAAAAAGACGGUUCAUGGUAUUUUUUAUGAUGUUCCAAUCAGCAGGAAUCCUGGAGCAUUGGUCCUUCGAAAACAUCCAACCUUAAACAGCAUCUACUUUGUUGGCACUGAUGAAGGAUGUGUGCAUCGAUGUUCAACGAACUAUUUGCAUCAGCACAUCGACAGCUUUUUGGCCCACGAUGGACCAAUCUAUUCCAUGGAGUUCUCUCCUUACUGUCCGAAAAUUUUCCUAACAGCAGGUGCUGAUUGGUGCACCCGCAUCUGGGCUGACGGGAUUAUGGAACCUCUUAUCACUUUGUCGACUAAGAUGGCGUGGGUGAGAAGUGCUACGUGGUGUCCUACCAAUUCUACAAUCAUUGCUACUAUUGUAAACAAUGAAAUUUGUAUUUGGGACAUUAAGAGAAAAACGUACAAACCUACUUCGAUAACUAUCCUACCAAAGGAGAGCACUUUGCUCUUGUUAGAGUUCACCAAAAAUGGGAAUCAGCUGGUAGCUGCGGAUUCUAGAGAGCCCCAUGGACCAAUGUUUGCACAAUUGCAUGUUUUGUAGGACUAAGAUGAUCAGCCAAAGGAAAAAAACACUUUCCCGCACACUGAUAAGCCUCAUAUCCUGGCGGAGCAACAACCCAAUCGUCAUAUGCAAUUAGAGAAAAAUCCACAUACAAUGGACGUCUUCUACAAAUAUUUCUUCGUCUCCUUCGAUUACCACCUUCUUCUUCCCAUCCAGUAACAUGCUCUUCCUGAUCUUCAUCCAAAAUUGAUCUUGAUUUCCUCUUUUUUGGUUUCGUAUAAUUCAGCAACAAAAUAGGACCUUCUCCUCCAUGUCGAAUUUCAACUUGUCCUCUAACCAAUAAUCUCACAAUAUUUCCAUUCCUCGUCAAAACAGUCUUAGUCACAUCAAAUCCCCUCCAAGUGUCAUCUCUCCUGCACCUCUGAAUUUCAUUUUUAACUCGAGCAUCUAAGGAACUCACUCUAAGGAUCAUCCCAGCAAUUCCUAACAGUUCAGCAGCUUGCAAAGCUUCUCCAGGUUUUGUAGCUGGGAUAAAAAAUUCCAAAAUUCUUCCCCCUUCUUGCAGUGGUCCAGAAAUAUGUCGAGGUUGAAGAGCCCUGACAAUAUCAGCAUCUGGCCGACGGUGAUAAAGUUGCAGCAUAUAUUUUGAAAGAGAUCCAUGGUGUUUUCUAUGAUUUUUCUCUGGGAAUUUUUUUAGGGUUCUGUUGAAAAAUCUUUGGGGUAUGACGAGAGAUGAUGUUGGGAGGGAAAGGUCUACUUUUAUUGAAGUUUUGGCAAGAAGACUGGAUGUUGGAGAUGAGAAGAAUCCGGCUUUCCAUAAACAACACAGGCAGAAGGUCAGGAAGAUCAGAGUUAACCACUGGGGUUUUUGGGUCCAAGUUCGAAUUAGAGUUGAUUCCUGCAUACUGACAUUGCUGGAGUGAACUGACUAAAAGAGAAAUUUAAGAAUGACUGAGGCCUCAGGCUCUUUCUAAGAGGAAGGUUCCUUAUGCUCUUCAAAUAACUACCAAUGGAGGAUCGAGCCUGAAGAUGCUGCUGAAAAGAUCUUAUCAGCAGACCUCCACUUGACCGAGCCUCCACCUUCCGAUUGAGGGCCGAGUCUGCUUGUUGGAAGGAAAUAACAGAUAAGAGAUUGCCAGGAGGCGCAUAGUUUCUGUUUGGGUGCCAACUUCUUUUCAGUGACUCAGUUCCUUUUAUUAGGAAGAACUAUAAUUUUUUAAGCAUUUCUAACUACACUACAUUUUCUUGUUUUCACUCCCUUGUUUUAACUUUUCAAGAUUAAUUUUGCAGAUUCGAUUACCGCAAAGUUAUAUUAUGAAAAAAACUUGUUUUCAAAUUGCCACCGUGCACAACAAAUUGGUUCAUAUUCCCCAAAAAUAGUAAUCUUAAGAUUUGAACAAAGCCGUUAAAUAUUUUAAAGUGCUCCCAAUAACAUGAAGUUUGGCAUUUGAUAUCGUCACUAUUCGUUAAUGCUAAUAAUUUUUAUUAACUUUCUGAUAUUAAUUUAUUCAAUAAAAAGAUUGUUUAGUUUACCGUUUUUUCAAUUGUUCGGUUUAUAUUAAACUAAUUUUCUCUGAAUUUGCGCACAAAAUUUAAACGUGUGAAAAGGGAUUUAAAAAAGUACAUUUUUCAGUCAUGAACACUACGAAAAAUCUUUGGUGGGAAUAAUAAAAAAAGUUAGUUACUGAAGAAUCAACUAAAUUCCUUUAUUCGUCUAUAAAAAUGUUGAGUAUUUCAACAAUACUUUUAAUGACUCGAAAAACAUUUUCUUGAAUUAACAAACCUCAAGUUUGUAUUUUUC